AUGUCAAGCAUAGAAAAAAGACUGUCUGGGACUAUAAGGAAAAAUUUUUCAGACCUUCAAACUGCUUAUAUAGCAUGAAACACUUAUCAAGCCAGCCAGCAGCAAAACCUACAGGCUUUUUUCCAAGUAGCACGAGUGUGUGAGCAUGAGCUAUGUAAUAUGGAUUUCGAUGAGUGCAAUUUCCCUAAAAAGUUCAUAGAGGAACUUUUAUUGUAUAUCUCUGAGUGUCUUCGGAUCUUUGAUAACAACCUCAGAUCUGAAACCACUACCCAUGAACUUUUACAAGUCCUUGAUUAUUUUAACCCUUUUCUCAAGAUUUUAUAUUAUAUUCUCCCUGUUCCAGGCUUCAAAUUAGAUGAAGGAAUCAUUGAGAAAAUUAUGAUAGUUGCCGAAAGCAUAAAACAAUUCGAAAUUGAAAGAAUAGAGAAUGAGGGAAUCCUUAAAUUUUUAUUUCUCGUCUGCCAAACUUUAUUUUUGGCCACUCUUAUGCGAAGAGAAAAAUCAGGGAAAAAUAAAACACUGAAUUUGGUUUUCCAUUUGUUUCAAAGUCUUUUAACAGACUUGAUAAAUGAGCCAAAAUUAAACAAAGUUUCGAUAAAACCUUUUGAACUGCCAAGGAGUAAGUUCAAUCCGGAUAUAUCUCCAGUUGAUUUGACGUAUUACUUAGUGUAUCUUCUUAAUCAAUUGGCUAAGCUAAAUCCAUCACUUUCUAUGCAUUAUUUAGUAAUCCACAUACUCCCUAAGUUGAUCGAUAAUUUACUCUUGAUACUAAAAUUCAAGCAAAUACAAAAAUCCAAAAAAUCAUUUCUAGCUGCACACAAAAGUUUUCAAAUUUUUACAUUAUUGCAUAUACUAAAUGGAAUAAUAUAUCUAUGAGAUUUUGGUAGGGGCAAUCUUUAUUUUAUAAUAAAUGUUUUUUUAAUGGCAAAGAUCUACUUAUGCUAGCUCCCCCCCUCCGUGAGUGAACAAAACCAUUAGAAAAAUCCCUAUUUUUUGCCCAAAAACCCACCCUCCGUGAGUGAAAAAAAAAUGUUUUUAUAGAAAAAUUUUUUAUGGAAAAAACAAUUGAUAUAUAAAUGAUAAUUAAUAUAAUGAAAUCUAGAGCUAAUUCUAUUUUAAUUUUAAAUGAAUUGCUAUUUAAAACAUAAAUUUUAUAAAUUAAAUUAAUAUUUGCGUUCCAAUUUUUGUGAAUUAGGAUUUUUUUAAAUUUCGAAAAAAAUAUUUUUUAAAAAAUUUAUAUAUAAAUUUUUUUGUUCACUCACGGAGGGGGGGAGUAAGCAAGAUACAGUUUCUUGCUUAAAUUCUAAAGAAGAAUUAAGUGAAAACAUAUUAGAAGACCAUUCAGAGAAUAUAAAGGAGCUGUUUUAUUGUACAAUUUCUACGUAUAUGAAGCAUUACUGGAGUGUGAAUAGCUCAAAUGACCAUGAAUGUGAGUUUAUUGCGCAUUUUUUAAGAAUAUUUUUUGAUAUUUUCCCACAAAAAGCAACAAAACCAUCACUAAAUUUUUUGCCGAUCGAGAUGUUUGCAAAAUUAUUAACAGCUGUAAAAAUUAUUUACUCCCCCCCCUCCGUGAGUGAACAAAACCACGCUAUUUUUGCCCAAAACCCACCUUCCGUAAGUGAACAAAAAUGUUUUAAUAGAAAAAAUUUUUUAUGGAAAAAAAUUUUUGAUAUAUUAAUGAUAAUUAGUAUAAUGAAAUCUAGAGCAAAUUCUGUUUAAUUUUAAACGAAUUGCUUUUUAAAACAUAAAUUUUAUAAAUUAAAUUAGUAUUUGCUUUCCAAUUUUUGCGAAUUAGGAUUUUUUUUAAAUUUCGAAAAAAAAAAUUAACCCCCCUCCGUGAGUGAAUACAAAUUUUUUUGUUCACUCACGGAGGGGGAGUUAGGAAACGCAACAAGAGCUUAUUUCUCACCCUCCACUUGCACAAUCAUUGAUUUUGCAAUUCAUAGAGACCAUUCUCAGCCGACUUUCCAAACAAAAAAUAAAUCCUCAUCGAUUAAGCGAGACUAAAAUUGCUUAUAUAAUGUUUUCUAGACCUUUUUUUGAGAUAGAAAAUGAAAGAAAUGAAUAUAGUGCAAACUUAUCUGAGUCGGCAAGAUUAAGUUGGAGAAAAAUAUGAAAUGAUAUUAUGGGUUCCCCCAAUAUUGCAUGAAUUUCAGAAUCAUUGGUAAAAUCAUUACGAAUUUAUGAUGGAAAUGUAAAUUAUUUACUGAAAAUUAGCUAUUUCGUAAGAGAAGAAUUCGAGAGAAAAAAUUCUUUGAUGAAGCUGUGCUUGCUAAAUGGCUUAUUGGAUGCAUUGAUGCAAAAAACACUUAUAUUAAAAAGGGCUGGAGAAAAUGAAGGAUUUUCUGCUUUUUUUUCUAUUAUAAGCUCGAUUUUAGACCUCAAUGGUCCAGAUGAAAUUAAAAAUUCUUCAUUUUUACUAGAAACGCUGCUAUCAGAAGAAUUUCUGCUAGAUGAGGCUUGCUGUGAUCAAACUUUAGUUUGCUGCUCAAAGCUUCUAAAAUACCAAGAUAAAUCAUGCCAUUUAAAAGUCAAACAGAUCCUUGACAACACAACUAACCCUAAUUUAUUGCUUAAAUUGUGCGAUUCAAUCCAAGACUCUUUGAAAGACUUAGCAGAUAAUCAUGCUAUACAAAUAAAGUUUGCUGAAACAGGAAUAAUAAGAACUUUUCAAAAUAAAUUAUGUAAUAGCAUAGCAUUUCUUGAUGAAAUCGUUAGCAAAGUUUGAGAAAAAAUUUUUGAAUGCAUUUGAAUGAUAAUUAAUAAAAAUUCUGAAGCAAGAAAAUACAUGGCUGAUUUUCAAGUUCACAAAAUUAUAUUGACUUUAAGAAAUCCGUUAUUUUGUGAAAAACAAAAAGAAAUAUGUAAUAAAAUUUUUGAUAUUUUAUUGGGUAUUUUAUGUGGAAAUAUGAAUUUCGAUGAAAGCCAAUUUACUGGAAUUUAUACAGCAGAGGUGAUCCCACUUAUUAUCGAAUUCUUGGUAGGAUCUCUAGAUACUAAGCCGAUUGAGAAAUAUUCAAAAAUAAUACUAAGGUUGCUAUCUAAUCCUAUAAAUGCAGCUCAAUUUGCAAUGAGGCAAACUACAGCCAUUUUGCUUGAAAGUUUGUCUUUUCCUCACAAAGAAGAAACUAUUAAAUUUUGUGCCAAUGUUCUUUCAAGAAUUAUCCAGCAUCAUGUAACUCCAAAUGAGUUGAGAAAAAUUAUAGAAAUUGCUAUUUUAUCCCAUAAUUCAACAAAAGCAAUAAUUUGCAAAUCCAUGGCAAAAGCUGCCACAUUCUGCUAUCAAUCUCAAAUAAAUCAUGGAGUAUCUGAUCCUUCCAGAUACUUCAAUUUUCGCCAAAACUGAGGAGAAUUGGCAUGUGAACUCCCAAAGCCGACGGUUAUUCUGCCCAAAAAAGAAUUCACCAUUUUUAUGUGAAUUUUCUUUGACAACCUCACAGAUUCUAUUAUUUUUGAACUAUCAGAAAGCAAAGACACAAGAUUUACAAUUUAUUUGAAUAAAGAAAAAUUAUCUGUUAACUCCCCCCCCCUCGAAGUUCGAUCAAGAUUGUUUUGGUCGAACUUCGAGGGGGGGUUAAGAAAAAUUUUUUUAAAAACAAUUAUAUAUAGAAUUUUUUUUAUAUAAUUUAGUAGUUAAAAAAAAAAAUUUAUCAUAUUCUUCUGUAUGGUUGAGAGGGUGUAAAGGGUUAGAAAAAAUAGUGCAAGAUGGUUUUUGUAACGCUUUUUUAGAACUUGAAUACAAAAAUCGCAAGCUCACCCCCACAUAGUUUAAAAUUUUUGAAAAAUUGCUUAUUUUCCGAGUAAAUUUAUAUAGGUCUUGGUCGAACUUUGAGGGUUAAUUUUCCAAAAAAAUAGGAAUUUUCCCUAUAUCUUGGUCGACUACGAGGGGGGGGAGUAAGUACAAAGCUCAAGAAACCUGGUUUAAAUUAAAAUGCCCUCAUGAUAUUGUUUUAAAUCAGUGAAAUUUAAUAGGGGUAGGAAUGAGAAAAAUAUCCAAAGUGUUUGGAAGUAAAGAUGAAAUUUAUGUAAAUGUGAAUAGACAUUGCAUGCACUUAAAUAAAGAAUGCAAAGGAAAUUUAAGCUUUAUUCAUAUAUACAUAAAAUGGUGAUGACAGAUCGCCCGGCCUCUUCACCCCUUUUUCUUCAACUCCAGCACGCAACAGCCACAGUGAAGGGGAAGAACAGAAAUAGCAGGAAAUCUGCCGGACCUUAGAGAGCUGAUCCUUGGGACUCUAAGUUUUUGCCUCUGAGGCAAUCAUUGAAAAAGGGUAGGACCAGCAAAUCCCCGAGAGGACGAUAAAUCCCUCGAACAGGGCUCAAUAGGUGACAUCUCUACCUAACGAGAAGCUGGGAGUUUCGACCAAUGAGAUGGGCCCAUAGGCUGCAAGAGUCGUGGAAGUCAAGAUCGGUCGUGUCAAUCCCUUGCCUGUGGCGGAGAGGAAGGGUAUCUGCCAAGGGUUCCUCGGUGAUGACGAGCAUGUUUGCAUGGAAAUCCCAUCCCUAUCGAGGUCGAAGAGCUUAAUCUAAUCUAAUUUAAGCUUUAUUCAUGCAAGCUUCAGACAAAUUUCUUGUGGUAAAAGCACAUGGAGCAGAAAAAAAGAAUUCAAUGGUAAAUGUACAGGAUUUUAUAUAGCAAAUAAAUGCUUUUUAGAAAAUUUUUAUAUGCAGCUGUAUGAAUUAUCAUGCAAUUAUAAUUUUGAUUUCUGCCCAGAGGCUUCUGCGACUUAUACCAACUUUAUUCCAAAUAAAAUUUUAUUAUCAGAAAUAUCAAAAACAUUGGUAUUAAAAUGGACUUCAAAGCAGUCAGUCCCUGAGAGCGAUUUUGAUUUUAAAAUCUCAAAGAAAGAAUGUGAUAUUUUCAAUGGGAUUAGCCUUUUUGAAGCAAUUGUAGCAAAUGGAGGAUUAAAAAUAUUUUUGCCCCUGUUUACAGAGCAAACAUUUACAACUUCUCAGCCAUUUAAUGUGUUUGAUUGCAUUUUUGUGAUGAAAUCCUUGGAUAAUGUUAUAGAUGAAGAUUUUUUCGAAACACUUGGCCAUGUGCUUGAAAGAUCUAUUAUAAAUCCUAAUGAAAUCCUUUUACAGUCAAUAGCAAAUAUUAUUGACAAGCUGGAAUUCAACCCUGAGUACCAAUUCAAAUGCAUCAAAAGCAUACUUUUAAACGAUAAAAUCUGGAGAACUUUACCGAGAGAAUUAACUGAAUCAUAUUUCAAAGCCCUAAUAAAAUAUAUUCCUUUGAACUUCCACAAUAAAAAAAAUGAUAUAACUCAUAUAUGCUCUUACCUAAUUAAAUUCACAAACUGGGAAUUUUAUCAGGAAUUAAUUUUAGAAAUAUUGGAAAAAACAUUAAUUGCCACAAAAACAAAAUGCAGAUAUAGGAGCAUUGCUCAGUUGAUCAUUUUUAUUAUAAGCAAGACAAAUAAUCAUGAUUUUAUGAGCACUUUUCUUGACCAUCUUUAUUACAAGAAAAUUGUGACUUCAUUUUCAGCAAAAAUCUGCUACGCAAUGCUUCAUUUGUUGGAAAACUUCAAAGAUUCUUCAAUUAUCCAAUCAAAAGCAUUAAGAUUGAUUUUUUCUUUUCCGUUUGUUGCUGGUGCUGUUAAUUUCAGUGAAGUAUUUGAAAUAGUAAGCAAUAAAUUUGAAGCAAAUAUUGAUUAUGAAACAAGUAUGAUUUUAAUUGAUAUUUUCGUUAAUUCAAAUCUAAGGGAAUCAGGCUAUCUUGCUGAUUUAAUAACGAGGAAAAUAUGUCAAAGCCCAGAAAUAGGAAGAAUAAUAUCAGCUCUUACUAAUUCUUGCGAAAAUUUAAAAGUUCGGCAUAUUUUGCAUGAUCGGCCAAACUUCCCGGAAUGGGUUGUUGAAUGUGCUAAUAGUGAAUCUGCUGAGUCUAUUGAGAGCUUAGUUAUUACUAUUUUUUGUAAUAAAACUUAUAUGAAAAAUUUCAACAAGCUCAAAGAAGUCACAAAAUUACUGUCGAGCACCAUUUUAUCGUCUAGGCUAUUUUAUAUUUAUUUUGUGAUACUAGAAUACUAUAAUUCUUCUCAAGGAUUUAUUGAAAAAUCAGAACUUUAUAUAGAUUUUAUCAGCGUUUUAGAAGACUCUAUCCCGUAUUUUGACAGCUCUAUUUAUGAAGAAAUGUACACUCACACACUAUCAAAAAUUUACCAAAUUGCAGUGGAUAAUAAUUUCUUAUCAUGCACUUAUCCGUAUUUACCUAAAAUAAACUUCAAUGCGCUCUUCUUCCUGUAUAAACAGAGGAUUGACGAGCAAAUAAUAUCAAUAUCAAGCUCUUAUUUAAAAGAAGGAGGAGUCUUAAGGAUAAUUCUCAAUUUAGCCCUAAUUGGAUUAGCUUAUGGGGAAAAUGAAAAAUCAUUAGAAAUUAUUGAAGAAUUGUCUUUCAAAGAUAUUAGAAUAAAUAAAGAAUGAGAAAAGAAGCUCGCAAGCACUAACUCCCCUCUUCCAUAAGUGUUAAAAAUCACCUAUUUUUUUGACAAAAACCAUCUCUCCGAACAAAAAUUUUUAAGAAAAAAUAUUUUUAUAUAUAAAUGAUGAUUAGUUAAUGAAAUCUCUAGCUAAUUCUGUUUGAUUUUGAACAGUUUACAUUUAAAACAUAAAUUUUACAAAUCAAAUUAAUAUUUUAUUUAUGAUAUUUUUUAAAUUUUGAGAAAACAAAAUUUACUAUAAAAUUUGCAUGUAUUUUAAAAAAUAAUUAACCCUUCUUUGUGCGCCAACAAAAUGUUUUGUUCACUCAGGGGGAUAAAGAGAUAUACUGAAAUUUUAAGAGAUUUUCCAAAAGAAAAUGAUGAAUUUUCAAGCAGGGUUUUUAUCGUUUUUUAUAUUGUAGCCGAGAUGACGGAAAUAAUUCGAUUUAGAGAGCAAAAGCAAUAUUCGACAUCAAUAAUGCUUCAAUCAUUAAGAAGAAUCAUCAAUAAAACGAAAAUCGGAGAUAUGAUACAAGAGGUUGCAAGUAUUUAUGGCCUUGAAAGCAUAGGGUAUUUUAAUGAGUUGCUUACCCAGUUUUCAGAGUGCUUCUACUCAAGCACUUUAUUUCAGAUCCACAGAGGAAUAUUUCCCUACGGCGAAAUCAAAAGAGAAAGAACUGCAAGCACAGCAAGCACGAAAAGUGCAAACAGUACUGAAAACGCAAUCCAGAAUAGCUUUACAAAGCCGAUCAUAGAUCAAAUUUAUACUCUUAACAUUAGCUCGACAUCUGAAAACACUUUGCUUGCUCCCUUCCUUAAUGGGUAAGCAAAAUUUUUUCCUUCUUAAGAGGGGGUGUUUUUUGGAAAAAAUUAUCUAUACAUUUAUUGAACUAUUUUUUUCGAUGUUCCCAAUUCGCAAACACUGGAAAGUGAAAUUAAUUUAAUUUGAAAAUUUGUUUUAGAGCACAAGCUUUUUAAAAAUAUAAUAAAAAUCAGCAUAGUAGCUAUAGAAAUUGCCCGAGGAUGGCGCUAUAUUGCGCCAUCCUCGGGCAAUUGGAGACACGGCUCCACACGGGAAUUGUGUUCCACGUGUGGAGCCAUUUUUCCACGUGGGAAAAUGUGGAUUCCACACGUGGAAUACGGUUCCCGUGUGGAGCCAAUUUUCGCUUGCCCUAGGAUGGCGCCAUAUAGCGCCAUCCUAGGGCAAAUCCUAUAUCACUUAUUUAUCAAUAUUUUAUAAAAACAAAUUUUUACUUGCAAUAGAGAAUCUCAAAAAUAGGCAUUUUCCAAUGAUUUUGCUCUCUCACAGAGGGGAGAAUUAGCUUAUUAUGCAGUGAGGAGUGGAAUAGAAAAGUUCAGUCUUUCCUUCUUUCUUAUACAUCACUGAAACUGAAUCUCAUUCAAAAUUGCCUAUCAAAAUACACAUUUGCAGAUCCUCCAGCAGCCUUUUUUAAUCGUGAUGAGGCUGCUACACACGCAGAGCACUAUAUCAUUAAAAAGGAAAAAGUGAUAGAAGCCAUUCCAGAAAAUUUGACAGAAAAAAGCAUCAAAAUUGAGCUGAAAUACAAAGAAUUCUUAAAAAGUCUUAAAGCAAAUAUGGCAAAUACAAAAGAAGAGCAAAACUAUGAUAUGAAAAUUUACCCAGUGCUUGAUAAAAUUGGCAGACAAUCGUUUUUGAAACCAUCGUUUAAAAGAUCAAGCCGUUUGGCUGGAAAAAACAACAGUGUGUCCCCAACAUUUGACGCUUCAAUGUUCAAAUCUCUACCUUCCCCCCUCCGUGAGCGAAAAAAAAAACUUGUUCGCUCAUGGAGAUGGGUUAAUUUUUUUUUAAAAAAUUUUAUAUAUAAUUUCAAACAAAAAACAUUUUCAAAAAAUUAAAAAAAUCCUAAUCGCAAAAAUUGGAAAGUAAAUAUUAAUUUAAUUUGGAAAAUUUAUGUUUUAAAACGCAAUUUAUUUAAAAUUAAACAGAAUUAGCUAGAGAUUUCAUUAUACUAAUUAUCAUUUAUAUAUCAAUUUUUUCCCAUAAAAAAUUUUUGUUCGCUUACGGAUGGUGGGUUUUUUUUUGCAAAAAAUAUAGCGAUUUUUCUAUUGGUUUUGUUCGCUCACGGAGGGACAGGAGUAAGUGUAAUGGUUGGAGGGUAUGCUUCAUCAGAGCAUAAGUUCAGUCCAAGGCCUGAAGGACUAGAAGGAUUUGAAUUAAGUGAAGAAUACGCUGAAUUGAAAAUAAAUGAAGAAGAAGAUGAAAAUGAGCCUACUCCAAGAUCAACCGUCACAAAUACAAUAACUGCAACUUCAGAGUGAAAUAGCCCCUAUACUGAAAUUUUCGAGUGUGAAAGAAUUAAAGUCGAUGGAAGCUAUCUUGGCGUCAUUGAGAUUACAUCAGAUUUCUUGCUCUUUGAAAGUGAAGGCAAAGAAAAAGAUGAUGAAAGCAUAUAUGAAGGAAGCUCGCCAAUUUGCAAUCAACUGGCAACACAAAAGUCGAUUUUAUUUGAGUCUAGAGAUAUUAAAGAAGUCUAUGGGAGAAGAUUUAUGCACAGAUAUUCUGCUAUUGAAUUCUUCCUUAAGUCAGGAAAAAGUUAUUAUUUUAAUUUAUUUACAGAAGAAAAUAAAACUCAAGCAUUCAGAGUUAUGAAAAUCUGGGAAAGGCAGGGAGCCAAGCUAUAUCCUAAGCUGAGCCAUGAAAAAUUAAAAAAAUACAAAACCUGGUGAUGUGAAGGAAAAAUUUCGAAUUUCCAAUAUUUGAUGAUUUUGAAUAAAAUGAGCAGCCGUUCUUUUAAUGAAAUAAGCCAAUAUCCAAUUUUUCCUUGGGUGUGUAAAGACUUUACUUCUGAUAAACUGGAUUUAACUGAUAAAAAUAUAUAUCGAGAUUUAUCCUAUCCUGUUGGAGCCCAAACUGAUGACUUAAGAAGUCAAGCCCGCUCUCGGUAUGAGCAAUGAAAGGAUGAAGAAAUUCAAGCUUUUCAUUAUGGGUCUUUAUAUUCUUGUGGAGGAAUUGUUUGCUAUUAUAAUCUCCGUAUUGAACCUUUUACUGCAGUAGCUAUAUGUUUACAAGGAGGAUCAUUUGAUAUCCCUGAUAGACUGUUUUAUUCAUUUCAAUCAGCUUGGGAUAGCUGCAAAAGCAGCUGCGGAGACUCCAAAGAGUUAAUCCCUGAAAUGUUCUAUUUGCCUGAAGUUUUGAUCAACAUAAAUCAUAAAAAAUUUGGAAAAAGACAAGGGAACGGAGGAGAAGUGAGUGAUGUCGAGCUGCCUCCUUGGGCAUCAUCGCCUAUUGAUUUUAUAAGAAAACAUCGGCAAAUAUUAGAAUCAAAUGCGGUCAGCUUGAAUCUUCAUUUAUGAAUUGACUUAAUUUUUGGAUGCAAACAGAAAGGAAAAAAUGCAGAAAAAGCACUUAAUGUCUAUUUAGGGACUGCUUAUGAAGAAUCCUUGACUAAGUUUGAUAGCUCGAAUAUGACUAAACAUGAGAAGCGGCCUUUAUAUGAAGGAAUUUAUCAUUUUGGCCAAGUCCCUGUGCAGCUUUUUACCAAGUCCCAUCCAAAACGAGUUUUAAAAGAAAAGCCUCUCAGCGUGUUUGAUAAGUAUAACGAUUUUACACUUCAUCCUUGUAUAAACUCACGAGCAGAAAUAACUGGAAAGGUCUAUGCAAUUUUCACUACACAAAAAUUUCUAUUAGCAGUAAAAGCUAUUGAAAACAAUAAAAAAUGAUUUUUAGUCAAAAUCAAAUGAAAACAAGACCAAAAUGAAUUAAGAAUCGACUCAUCAUCCUCAAAAGAGUGUGAAUUAAAAGACUUUAGGCCUUUGAAUAUCGAAAAUUGGGAAGAAAAGUAUCAAUGGAAUCAUAUUUUAUCCGGGUGCAGGCCAAAUGACUUUGCCUUUUUGAUAGUGUCCAUUUCUUAUCUUAUCUUAUAGAAUUUAUAUCGCUUAACGUCCACUACGGGGGUUACAACUCCAGGUUUAUCACUCGCCUUUCGUCGCAUCGGGCCCACCAGCCUGCUGGAGACAGACUCGCUUCGAUCGCCAAGGGUGCUUCUAGGGCAAAUGUCCACGUCUUCGACGGCUCAUGGAUGAGCUACUUGCUUGUACAUGGGUUGCUUUUCCGAAAAACCCCAAAAAAUGGAUUUUUCUGGUCGGCUAUCGGCAAAAAGGAAAAAUGCAAAGCCUGGGACGUAACGCCCAGUUUCACGCUAGGGAGUUGCCCGAAUGGUCCAGAGGACUUUGCUGGGCUUCCCCUUUCCAACCCUGCACCUUCCUUCCCCACGAGGAAAAAUCCACCCCUGAGAACAGACUAGGGCUAGGCUCUGAAAGCUACCAGAAUUGCUUACCUAGCAUUGCAGUCCAUCUCUGAAAUGGUAAAACCUUGCCGGAUAUAAUUAAAAUAUGAGUCGAGGCUGUAUGGCCGGGAGGCCAUACCCAGACGAAGACGCCAUAUUUUAAUUAUGAUAGUGUCCAUUUCACCGAAAAAUUUUUGGCCGAAAAUUGAUCGAAAAUUUUUGAUAGUAAGACACUUGACCGAAAAAAAACGUUAAUUUUCUGUCAAAUGUCCGCACUAUCAAAAAUUUUCGACCAAAUGGAUUUCGAUAAAAUGUACACUGUCAAAAAUCCACAGUCAUUUGACAUGGAGCCAUUUUAUCCACCCUUGACAUCAGGAUCCUUCUAGACAGAGGACCAAAUCAAUUUUGUCUGUGGAAUAAUGACUUGCUAGUUUCUGGUUUCCAUAUCGACAAUUCUUUUAAAAUUCACAAUUUCGAUGGGAUCCUAAUUAAAUCAAUUUACCAUCAUUGCGGCCUCAUCAUUUGCUUACCCCUUAUCUUUGAUUAAACGGUUAGAUGUCGCAAUCGAGGAUUGGUAAAAAUAAUUAAAAAGGAAAACAUAUGAUUUUUUAUUUAUUUUAUAAUUUUUUUUCUAAUAAAAAUUUUAACACAAUUAUUCUAUAAUAUCUCUAAUAUUCAUUCUAAAUUGGGGGAUAAUUUUUUAAGAAAUCAUUCGGAUUAUUAUCCCAAUUUUGGGGAAGUUUUCAAUUGAAUUAUUUGAUUAAGGAUACUGAGAGUUAGCAUCUUCCAAUAGACUUUUAUUUACUGGGAGUUUAGACUCGACAAUUUGUUUAUGGAAGCCUUUCAAAUCAAUCCAAUCCCGAAUAAAACCAAGAAAUAUUUACUUUGGGCAUUCAGAUCCAAUUAAAAUGAUUUCAGUGUCUAUAUCAUAUCAAGCUUUAGUGUCUUUAAGCAUGUGUGGAGCAGUUUUGCUACAUAAUAUUAGGACUGGUGAAUGCAUUAAAAGGAUAUUAAAGAGCUGCGAAAAGCCUCCUAGAGCCAUAGCAAUCAGCGAAAUUGGGGUUAUUGCUGUAUCGUUUCCUGAGCAGCAUUUAGUAAAAAUUUAUACAAUUAAUGGACAACACUAUAUGGAUGAUUAUAGGCUGAAAUGUGAGGAAGUCUGAUGUAUGCAAUAUAACAAAAGCGGGGAUUAUUUGAUUACUGGAAGCGACUACGGCGUGUCAUUUUUUGAUACGAUUGAUAAAUCUGAGAAUAAUAAAAAUGUAAGAAAAAGCGGAAUAAAAGAUGUGUUUACAACAGUGAUAUCUUUGUGUGUACCAACAAAUGAAGAAUUUAUUAUUUUUUCAAUAAAUCUAGAAAAUAGCUCAAGAAUAUCGACAUUUGAACUUUUGCCACCAAAUCAAAAAAAGACCAGUAUGAAGCAAGUGCAUGUUCUUGCAUAA